UUUUUUUCCAUUUCCAGGUCUGUCUCGAUAUUGUAUUCUUCUCCACCAAACGACCCAACAACUUUCCUCUACAGGAAAAUAAUAUUAAGAAAAAAUAACCGGUUCUUUUUCCCUGUUUGGUUUCCUAGAAAAUGUGUGAGCCAGUGGAAGGCAACGCGUGUUCUUUUCCCUCAAAACAAUAUCGCCACCACCACUUGGAACAAAGUCAGGGGAUUAUGGAUUUGGAUGAUCUCGAUCUCGAGAGUUCAUGGCCGUUGGAUCAUCAGUCUUUCCUUUCAAACCCCACUUCUCCUUUUAUCUUAGCUUCUUCUUCUGAACAGCCUUGUUCUCCUCUCUGGGUUUUCUCCGAUGAUGAUAAUAAUAAGCUUGGCUCUCACCCCGUCGAUUGCAAUCUUCUUGUUACGUGUAUUCCCAAUCCUGGAAAUGAAUAUCCAAAGGAGGAGAAUGAUAAUAGAGGGAUGCCUUCUCCAUUUCUGGGACAGCUACCCCUUGAGAACCCGGAUAGUUAUUGUGUAAUUAAACAAAGGAUGACUCAGGCACUACGUUACUUCAAAGAAUCAACUGAACAACAUGUUCUAGCUCAGGUUUGGGCACCUGUAAAAAACGGGGGCCGUUACGUUUUAACAACGUCUGGGCAACCUUUUGUCCUUGAUCCACAUAGCAGUGGGUUACAUCAGUAUAGGAUGGUUUCUUUGAUGUACAUGUUUUCUGUGGAUGGAGAGAGUGAUGUACAGCUUGGGCUUCCUGGCCGUGUUUUUAGGCAAAAAUUGCCGGAAUGGACUCCAAAUGUGCAGUAUUAUUCCAGCAGAGAGUAUUCACGGCGUGAUCAUGCUCUGCAUUACAACGUUCAGGGAACCUUGGCAUUGCCAGUCUUCGAACCUUCUAAACAGUCCUGUGUUGGUGUACUUGAACUCAUAAUGACUUCACCGAUGAUUCACUAUGCACCUGAGGUUGAUAAAGUAUGCAAAGCACUUGAGGCAGCUAAUUUGAAAAGUUCAGAAAUAUUGGAUCAUCCAAGCACCAAGAUAUGCAAUAAAAGUCGUCAAAAUGCACUGGCUGAAAUUCUGGAGAUCUUGACGAUGGUCUGUGAAACACACAAACUACCUUUGGCUCAAACCUGGGUCCCUUGCAGGCAUCGUAAUGUUUUAGCCCAUGGUGGUGGUUCAAAGAAAUACUGUACGAGCUUUGAUGGUAGCUGCAUGGGACAAGUCUGCAUAUCCACGACUGACGUAGCAUUCUAUGUUGUAGAUGCUCACAUGUGGGGUUUCCGGGAGGCUUGUCUUGAACAUCACCUACAAAAGGGACAGGGGGUUUCUGGGAGGGCAUUUUUAUCCCAUAAUCCAUGCUUUUGUGCUGAUAUUACCCAAUUCUGCAAAACUGAGUACCCCUUAGUACACUAUGCACGCAUGUUUGGAUUAACCAGCUGUUUUGCAAUCUGCUUACAGAGUACUUACACUGGAGAUGAUGAUUAUGUUCUUGAAUUUUUUUUGCCUCCUGCUAUUGCUGACUUCAAUGAACAACAGACCUUGUUGGGUUCCAUAUUGUCAACAAUAAAGCAACAUUUCCAGUGUAUUAAGGUUGCUCCUGGAACCAAACUUAAAGAGAAUAAAGGAUCUAUAGAAAUCAUUAUAGCAUCUUCAGAUGAAAGGCUUAGUUCAAGGCUCGAAUUUAUUCCAAUUUCACCAUCUGUGAAGUCGCCACCUGGGACUAACAGCUCGCCAAAUAGAGGAGAUCUGCAAAUAGAUUCAUUGAGAAAGCAAUUAAGUGAUAAUCAUGACCCUGCCACUGAUGGAAGCAAGGUUGUUGCUAGUGGAAGCCAAGAUCCUGUUUGUCUUCCAAAGAAUGAAGAACUAAAAAAACCCGAGAGAAAACGUGGGAAAACUGAGAAAUCGAUUAGUCUAGAGGUGCUCCAACAGUAUUUUGCAGGGAGUCUCAAAGAUGCUGCAAAGAGCCUUGGUGUUUGCCCUACAACAAUGAAGCGAAUCUGCAGGCAGCAUGGGAUCUCCAGAUGGCCAUCUCGUAAGAUCAACAAAGUUAACCGUUCCCUCACUAAGCUAAAGCAUGUUAUUGAAUCUGUCCAAGGUGCUGAUGAAGCAUUUGAUUUAACUUCACUUGCCACAAGUCCACUCCCAGUUGCUGUAGGUUCCAUUUCAUGGACAACCGGUUUGAAUGGUUCCCAUCAACAAAACUUAACAAAUUCCAAACCUUCCGAGCCUCAAGUUGACAAAAACGAUUUGCCCACAUGUCAGAUGCCAGGAAGUAACACACAAGUUUUGGUGGAUGAUCAGUUGCUGGGAGGGAGGACAUUGAUCCAAGAACAACUUUUCUCUCACCAUAAUGGGCUUUCACCAAGCUUGGAUAAAGGGGCAAACAGAUUCAAAACAGGGAGUGGUUCUAGAGACGAGAGUGCUGGGACACCUACUUCUCAUGGAUCAUGCCAAGGUAGCCCUGCAACUGAAAGUGCCGCUACUAAGGAUCCACUUGGUUUCAGCCACGACCAAUGCUCCCCCAAAUUGGCCUUCCAUUUAGAGGAACUGAAUAUAUCUACUUCAUUCUCAAUGCCUGAAGCCCCUGUGACAGCAGAACCUCGAGAACCAUUUGGAGGCAUGUUAGUGGAGGAUGCUGGAAGUUCGAAAGACUUAAGAAACCUAUGUCCAAUAGUAGCAGAAAUCGGUGCCGAUGAACGAUUACCAGAAUCUAGUUGGACACCGCCUCAAUGUUCCGAACUGGGUAUCAAGCACACAAUGCAUACAUUCACUCAGACAACACCCCAUGUAACAGCUCGGCAUGGAAUGAAGAGUGUGACCAUUAAGGCUACAUACAGGGAAGAUAUAAUCAGAUUUCGGAUCUCCUUAAGUAGUGGGAUAGUGGAACUGAAAGAGGAAGUGGCCAAGAGGCUGAAACUGGAGGUGGGUACUUUUGAUAUCAAGUAUUUGGAUGAUGAUAAUGAAUGGGUUUUGAUAGCUUGUGAUGCUGACCUUCAGGAAUGUCUAGAUGUUUCAAGAUCAUCAGGCAGCAAUAUCAUUCGAUUAUCAGUUCACGACACGGUGGCCAAUUUAGGGAGUUCCUGUGAGAGCACUGGAGAGUUGUGAUUAAGUUGUAUAUAUAUAUAUUUAAAGUGUAAUUCUUAUAGUCAGUCCUAGAAUUUUGGGCGAGCGAAACUGAAGAUUUUAUUUCCAAUAGCUUUCUCAAGUUGUAAGAAACUAAGAAAAAAAAUUCCAUGAAUCCAAUUUGUCAUCUUUGCUAAUGAAUAAGGACGUUUUAUUUGUAAUGUAUCAUAAAUUCUUUGUAAAUCUAGCAUAUCAUUUUAAAGCA